CUUAUCCUUACCCAUCCUCACCCCCUUUUUCCCGCCGAUUUCCUACAACACCACCUAGGUGCCCAACCGCUCACGAAGUAAUCACCUCCUAUCAACCCAUCCCCAUGUAACAACCGACAAACCCCCCUUUCAUAGAGAGAGAGGAGAAAGAGAAGGAAGAGAGAGAGAAAGAAAGAGAGAAGAAUGUCAGCCCCACGCCGGCACUGCUUCCCCUGGGCCAGCCGCAUCACCACCACCAUCACCACCCCCAUGACCACCGCCACCACCGCAAUCACCGCCAUCAUCGACCCCGCCGUAGCAACAACCGCCGCCGCCGCAUUAUGUGCCGUCGCGACGCACCGGCUCGGGGUCGGUGCCAGCCCGUCGGCCCAUAUCCGCUCGGAGCUGGUGUGCUGGGCGCUGCUGCGGCUGUUGGUCGCGGGCCUGCGGCGGUGGGGGUCGCGCCGUGGUGGUGAUCGUGGUGAGGUGGGUGAGGGGUGGGAGUUGGUGGAUGGGGGUGAGAGUGCGGGUGAGGGUGGGAGUGAAGGUGGGAGUCGGAGUCCAAGCGCCAGGGCGGCGUCCGGGUGGUCGGUGAGCGUGGUGGCGCUGGCGCUGGCGGUGGUGAGUGGGUUUGCGGCGGAGGUGGGGGUGUUGGUGCUUUUUCCGGUAUUGACGCCGCUGGUGUUGGUGGCGGAUAGAAAGCUUCGGCCCGAGAUACAGGCAUCCGAGUCGAGGUUCGCAGCUCUUGCCAACAGCGUGUGGGGGACGGCAUUGGUCGCAUUGGUUGCGGUUUCUGCUGCGGUGAGAGGGAGCUCUUUGGAAACGCUACUGCUGAUUAUCCCGCUUGUGGCGUUGCUGGUCGUUUACGUUGCUUUGAUACCCAGGACCGUCGACGGUCCUCGUUUACUGCCUUAUAUCCCCGACCUCGAGGAGGCUAUCCCAGUCAUUUCCACCAGAGUUUGGGUUCUCUUUUUAGGGAUGUUGGGAAUCCAGGUGUAUAUGUUCGGGAUACACAGCAUUGAGCUUGGUUUCACACCGUAUUUGCUGGGUCUAGUCAAGGCUGGUUUCUGGUACUUUGCGAUACAAACAGCUCGUCACACCUCGUGGUGCACUGUAACUGCAAUAGGGACGUUCGGUCUGGUAGCCAGUCGCGAUCCCUGGGUUCAAAUAUCCGAACUGGAGGCGUUGUCGCCAGUCAUUGCCUCCAUCCUCGUCCUCGCCCAAAUCAUCCUCAUGGUUCCAAAGCGCUUGAACGGCAGGCUGAUACUGUGGACUCUGUUCCUCGUCUCUGUCGGACCGUAUCUGGCCAACGUUGUCGCCAUUCAAAGAGCAAACUACUCAGCAGUCCAUGCCGCGGAGCAUCCAGUUGAGGUUUUGAUGCGCGUCGCCAAGGCCGAGUUUGACCAACUCCUAGAGCGGCAAUCGAAGACUUAUACGGCCGCAGUCAAGGAAUACCAGCGCCGGUACGGGGUAGAACCGCCACCGGGAUUCAAAGAAUGGUACGAAUAUGCGGUCGAUAAUCAAUCACCCAUCAUUGACGAGUUCGAUAUGAUUUAUGAAUCCGUCUCGCCGUUUUGGAGAAUCAGCGGCAAGGAAGUGGUACAAAUCAUGAACGCCGCUCACCAAACGCCAGACAUUGACCUAUGGCUGUGCUCCUUUUCGGGUGCCACCGCAGAAACCCGCUGUGAGCACCCGACACGAUACUCGGACAGACAUACUGGGGAUAUGUUCAACAAGCUGUUAGGAGACAUCAAGGGACUGAUCCCAGACGCCAAGUUCCUGGUGAAUCACCUCGACGAACCGAGGGUUUUGAUUUCGCCAGGGGCAGAUUCAAGCAACCCCUUUUCGGUAAUCGACUUAUCCGAACAACCAACCUGGAAAGCAAUCACCAAGUUCUGCCCCUCUAAGCCGCAAGAAGGCCACGAAAACCCCCUCGAGACCCUAGGCCUCCCCUUCGUCACCAACCUCACCACCACCCUCGACCUCUGCAACCACCCCGAAUACGCACACAUGCACGGCCUCUUCCAAGCCCCGCCCUCCUUCAAGCUCAUCGAGGGUCUCGUCCCCGUCCUCUCGACCGGCGCGCCCUCCACCAUGUCCGACAUCCUCCUCCCCUCCCCAGCCUACAUCGUCGAGCCCCAAUUCCACUACAACCCCACCUCCGACCCCCCCUGGCCCGCCAAGUCCAACCACCUCUACUGGGCGGGCUCCACGACCGGCGCCGUGGCCUCCGACUCCCCUCCCAACAACUGGCAGACCUUCCACCGCCAGCGCUUCCUCACCCUCGCCCAGAACCUCGCCCCCUCCAACCACCACCCCCACACCUACCUCCACCAAACCCGGGGGGCCACGACUCAAAAACUCACCACCGCCCAAUCCACCUUCCUCAACCCGCGCCACUACGCCGUCGCGCCCACCCGCAUCUUCCAAUGCACCACCCCGCUCCCCUGCCGCCAGCAACAGACCCAUUUCCGCCGCCUUCCCUGGCAGGCGAGCGACGCGGCGCUGGGGGCCAAGCUAGCCUUUGACCUGGACGGCAACGGCAUCUCGGGGCGGUUUUAUAAAUUGCUGGCGUCGCGCUCGCUGGUGCUCAAGCAGACGGUGUUAAGGGAGUGGCAUGAUGAGCGGUUGAGGCCGUGGGUGCAUUAUGUGCCGGUGAGUUUGGGGAUGGGGGAGGUGCCGGAGGUGGUGGAGUGGUUUUUGGGGAGUGGGAGGGGCGGGGAGAGGGCGAGGGAGUUGGGGGAGGCGGGGAGGGAGUGGUUUGGCAGGGCGAUGAGGGAGGUGGAUCCACGCAUCAUCAUCAAGACCGAGCCAAUGUCUUGA